CAGCAGCAGCAGCAGCAGCAGCAGCAGCAGCAGCAGCAGCAGUGUAGCUGUAGCAGGGUCCUCCCCCCUCCCUACACUCCAGGACGCGCUCUCAGACACCCUGUAUCCCGCAGGACCACCCUGAACUUGAAGCACUCAGUUUAUGGACCCAGAGGAACCACGCAGACCCACACAUGUUGUUUUUCCUCUCAUCCGUUCAGGUUUUUUUUUUUUUUUGAAUGAUUUUUGAGGCAUGCCUUCGUCCGUGAGCGGCGCGGAGGAGGUCCGGGUGUCAGCGCUGACGCCCCUGAAGCUGGUGGGUCUCGUGUGCGUCCUCCUCGCGCUGUGUCUGGACGUCGGGGCCAUGGUGAGCCCGGCGUGGGUCACCGCGGAUGACCAGUACUCCCUGUCGCUGUGGGUGUCCUGCUGGAAGCCCGUCAGCUCCGUGGACUGGUCCUGUAGCAGCACGCUGACCACCGACUGGCAGAUCGCCACACUGGCCCUGCUGAUGGGGGGAGCAGCCCUCACCCUGCUCUCCUUCCUCGUGGCGCUGGUCUCCCUCUGCUUCGGCUCCAGGAGUCGCUGCUACAAACCCGUGGCUGUCAUGCUGUACUCUGCAGUUGUCCUUCAGGUGUGCAGCUUGGUCCUGUUCCCCAUCAAGUUCAUAGAAACAAUCAGUUUGAGGGUGUACCACGAGUUCAACUGGGGCUACGGUCUGGCCUGGGGAUCCACCAUCUUCUCCUUUGGAGGCGCCGUCCUCUACUGCCUAAACCCCAAGAACUAUGAAGAAUAUUAUUAAAGCAAAAACCCCAAGAUAUCUGAAGAAACGCAAAACACUUGGUGUCCACAAGAACUUUUCUGUUCCGCAGUGCAUAACCAUACAUUGGAAAUGGGGAAAACAAAUGCUUUUUUUUUGGUGUUUGGACUGAGUUUUUACAUUUGAUGCUUUGAACCUAAUGUCUCAAAGACAUUAAGAUAUUGCACAGAUGCCAGGGAACUUUCUGUAAGGGUUUAGCAAAUAAAAAUAAAUUCAAUAUCAGAUAUGGAUAAAAGAAAAAAAACAUUUAGAAGAAAGUGUCCCCAAUCAGGCAAAUAUGUGCAACCUCCGUAGAUCUGAGCUGAAAGUCUGUAGGGAACAGAUGGAGCCCCUGACCCCAUACCUGCACAAACCGGUAGACUAAUAAAGACCAGGCGGAUGUAAUCUCAGGCUCAUGUAGAGAGGAAGAUGYCCUGCUCAAAUGAUGAAAAACGAAGGGAAGAUGUGGCUACAUUCAUCAUUUCCCCAGAGAUACUGCACACCUUAGACCUCAACCAGAGAUCUCCRGCAAAGAUCAACAGAUGUGUAAAAAUCAUGCCUAUAAAGCUAUUUUAUUUUCUCCUGUAUUGAGUCUAUUAGUCUCCAAGACACUGAUAAGGGCUGUCUAAAACAGGAAAUUAUAAAAAUGUUGCAAGUAUCAAAUGAUAURCAGGUUAGCACAACCUACCACAGCAGUAAUUAUAGUCAAAUUUAAUUUGAAUAAAUCUGGUGUUUUAUAUGGAA